AUGUAUUCUACGUGGAAAUUAAACCAGCUCAAAGAAGAAUUAAAGAAAAGAGGUGCGUCCUGUAGUGGAAGGAAGGCAGACCUUGUAGAGAGGUUAGAGGCGUAUGAUAGAAAUUUUAACUUUACUGAUAAAUCGUAUUCCCCAGAACCAGUACAAGGCGAAGUUAUGAUCAUACCAAAAGACGAUUUUUAUAAAGAUAUUAACAGCAAUACCCCAUUGCCACCAUUAAAUAAACACCAAAUACAAGAGUAUCUUGGAGAGGCUGUCUCAAUAAAUGAUUUUACAUAUGUAAAAGGUUUUUGUAAAGCAGCAAUGAGAAAAACUCAGUAUGAGGUAAAUAUUAAAUUAUACAAAAAUGGUAUAUUAGAAGAGACUAAUUGUGAAUGUACAGCUGGAUCUGGAGUUAAUUCACAGUGCAAGCAUAUUGCUACUGUAUUGUUUGGCACAGUUGAUAUGAUUGAACAUAAAACUAUAGUAUUAGAGGAAGUGUCUACUCAAAAGCUACAGAGCUUUAACCAGCCCAAGAAAAAAUAUUUUUCCUCACCUCUGAAAGCACAGAAUUUACCUUAUAAAAGAACUGAAGGGAAUUUGAAUUUUCAUCCGUAUAGGGGUAUUAUCAACAAAGACAAAUAUAAUGAAAGAAUACGGAAUCUUGUCUUAAAUUGUACAGGCAGUACUAUGCCUUUAAGGCAACUAUAUAAACCUGCAAAUCCUUAUGCAAUCGAGUGGGAUCAUGGCAGUUACAGUGUUUCUUUAAAAGAUAAAAUUUUGAAAUCCUUAUAUUUAAAAAAUGUUACCUUAGAAGAUAUUGAAAAUAUCGAAAGAGACACUAGAAUGCAGUCAAAAUGA